GCUCCCGGGCUUUCCUUCGGCGCCGAGUUAGGGGAGGAGUGCAGCCGCCCAGCCCCAGGCUUCCCCGGGCGCUGCCCCGACGGGGCCGCGGCAGGCGCGGCGCGAGCCGACGGAGCCAUGAGAGAGUACAAAGUGGUGGUGCUGGGCUCGGGCGGCGUGGGCAAGUCCGCGCUCACCGUGCAGUUCGUGACCGGCUCCUUCAUCGAGAAGUACGACCCCACCAUCGAGGACUUCUACCGCAAGGAGAUCGAGGUGGACUCGUCGCCGUCGGUGCUGGAGAUCCUGGACACGGCGGGCACGGAGCAGUUCGCGUCCAUGCGGGACCUGUACAUCAAGAACGGCCAGGGCUUCAUCCUCGUCUACAGCCUGGUCAACCAGCAGAGCUUCCAGGACAUCAAGCCCAUGCGGGACCAGAUCAUCCGCGUGAAGCGGUACGAGCGCGUGCCCAUGAUCCUGGUGGGCAACAAAGUGGACCUGGAGGGCGAGCGCGAGGUCUCCUACGGCGAGGGCAAGGCUCUGGCCGAGGAGUGGAGCUGCCCCUUCAUGGAGACGUCGGCCAAAAACAAAGCCUCGGUGGACGAGCUGUUCGCCGAGAUCGUGCGGCAGAUGAACUACGCGGCGCAGCCCAACGGCGACGAGGGCUGCUGCUCGGCCUGCGUGAUCCUCUGAGGCGCCCGCGGUGGCCGCGCGCCGGCCGCGCUCUGCGCACAAAAGCCAAACGCACCCGACUCUCUAAUGUGAUUUCUUUUCUUGCUUUGAGAUUGGAGACGACUUUGCAUUGGCCGAGGUGUCCCGGGAGCCCGGCUGGCCUCCGCGGUCGGCGUCCCCUGCCUCCUCCCCGUGUCCCAGAGGUGUCCGCUUCUGACCAUCCGAGACCCCGAUGGAAAUGUAGCCCUUUGCAGCGUGUACGUUUCUCAUUGAUUUUGGUCGACGCGUGUGUCCCCGUUUAAGUCGCCGUUAGGGCGCCGUAUUGGCAGCUUGAUACCCGGCAAGCAAAAGUUUCAGCCUGGAAAAAAAAAAAAAUGGGGGUGGGGUGGAGGAAGAGGAUGGGGAGAAUGGAGGAAAGGGAGGUCUUUUUUUUGGGGGGGGGUCAACAACCGUUUUCUAGUUCCAACUUUUAAAUACAUGGAAGGAAGUCCGGGAGAAGCAUAUGAAGGAGCAGGAGGAGACGAAGAAACUUGCUUUGUUUUGUUUUUUCCCCUUGUUUUCCAAGGAGAAGCUGGAAAUUCAGAUCGGGUUCCCUUUCUGCCAGCUUGGAAGGGCGACCCCGUGACUGAUUGUGAUUCUGACGAUGUCUAUGCAAAGUUGGAUUCUUGUUACAGUGUAUCCAAUCUGAAGUAUUGCACAUCUGAACUGGGACUGUUAACACUGAUGCCGAUACAGUGUGGGGUGCCAGAAAGUGUCUGCUGAUAUUUGUGGAAAAAAAUCUAUUUUGUUUACCUACUGUAUCAAGGGGGAGUCUGCGGGGAGAAUGGUAGUAGUUUUUUUUUUUUUUAUCAGCUGUGAAAAAAAAAUGUUACAGGUUGCACAUUUUUGUGUACUAUUGUGUGUGUGUGCUUUUUUUAUUUUUUAGUUUCUUUUUGCCUUUUUUUUUUGGUUGGCAGUAACAGAUUUGGACGCCUAGCUCUUUAAAAUACAGUACAAAGACUUCCUACAUGUGAUUCAGGGCCCCCAGCACCCCUGUGUCUGCAGAGUGCCUUCAAAACUCAGCUGUUCCAGCCGGUGCCAACCUGUGAACUUCCCACCGUAACCCAGUAUCUGCUGUUCCCCACUCAACUUCCAAGUUUCCUUCCAGUCAUCUUCCUCAGCAAACCAGGACAAUAGAGCCUGUUGUUCGGUGAAUUUCUUGAUUAUUUCCAGCCUUUAAAAUGUAAUUUUCAUGCCUUGCAAUUUUUGUUUGUUUGUUUUGCUUCAUUUCGUUCAGGUUUUCAGGUAUUAGCUCCCUUUUUUGUAUUAUUUUAUAAAUUUUUUUUUUUUUGGUUUUGUGUUCUAGAGUGUCCCUCCAGAAGCAAAGAGGAAAAUUUACUGUUGUGAUGUACCAAGAAGAUUCUAAUUGUAAUUUUUAAUUCCAGACAUGCUUUGCAUUGUUGUCUUUUCAUUUUAAGACUUUUAAUACAAAUGUCAUUUUUUAAAAACAAA